AUGUCUCUACAUCAAGAUUUCGGACGGCCAUUGUGUGCUUGUACUGGUCUACGUGGACGACGUUUUGGUGACUGGAAGAUCGCUCGAGCUAAUUGCACGAACCAAGAACGAUCUGAAGACGCAUUUCGAGAUGACAUACAGUGGCAAGUGUUCAUUUGCUCUAGUAUAGAGCUUUUGGACGGUGAAGAUGGCAGUGUGACACUAUGUCAGCGUCGGUAUGUCGAUGAUAUCCUCAAGCGCUUUGGAAUGGAGAAGUGCAAGGCUGUGGCGAGUCCUGUGGAUGUCAGCUCUCGACUGGUGUCAAGCAACGCUCCUAGCAAGGUCGAUGUUCCAUUCAGUGAAGCUGUUGGUGCUUUGAUGCAUCUGACGACUGCAACACGACCGGAAAUCGCCUAUGCUGUGAGCUUUGUGUCGCGCUUCAUGAAGAAUCCCCAAGAAGAACACUGA